ACGUUGUUGACAGUGAUGAUGAUGAUAAUUUAACUUAUUUUGGAGACCCUCUUCUCAUAAUUGAAUGGAAUGAAACUGGACUUGUUCAACGAAAUGUUCAAAAAAAUACUGUGGUGAAUUAUAUUCGUACAUUUCAAGGCUGCAAUCCCUUUCCAAGUGAUGGUCGACCUCCGUCGGAUUCUCUUUUCUAUAUUGUUGAUACGCCAAAUAUUCAUGCACAGCAAAUAAUCAAUAACAUUAUUUAUGGAUUACAACGAACGUACUUGCACAGAAAUAUACCUUCUUUAGGAAGGGUCUACACUGUAGUUGCGGAACGAAAAAAUAGAUUUGAAGCUACUGAAAUUUUUCCUGUUUUUUCCUUAAUUGCUUUUUAA